AUGGCUCAUCGCCAGGAUGCGGCCCAGGUGAAAUUCGCCAUCGAGGUGACGACGCAGCUCCAAGCGCAUGCUUCUGCUGUCGCGGCCGACGAAAGUGUGAGGGGUUCCUUCCCCAGUCAGCUUGCUGGGUUGGCCUUCCACGUUCAACAGAAUCUGCAACAACUCUUGGAUUCACCAGAGACACGCCCAAAGCAAACUAGCCGAGGAGUAUCGCAGUAUCUGGAAAUCAUCGAGAAAUUAUAUCAGGUUCUGUCGCGAAAGGCUCUAGGAAUCACGGUGCUCAAGAGUUUCGCGACCGACCCGAGGACGACAGAACUACGAAAAAAAUUGACCAAGUCUGUCGAGAGGUUCCUUAAAACCAUUGCGACCAUCCCUACUCUCGAGCUCUCCAACGUGACAUUACCAGAACAGACAAACACGGUGCGGGACGAUUUUCAGUCACAUAUACGAUCUCUCUAUGCUGCCCUCUCGUCUCACUGCUUGUGCCAUGAAAGCAAUACAAUUACAGCCAAUCUGCGUCUAAACAAAUGUUGCACACCAGGCGAGAUUGAAAACAGCAUUAAUUUCAAAUUGUUGUUCCUAGAUCACCCACAUAGUCGCACAAGUGAUCCCCGUUGCCAAUGGCAGGAUGCCAGAAUCUGCGUCGUUCAGCGAAGGGGCGUCAAGUUUCGGGACGCCAUUUUAGCUUCCACGAGCCAAUCCAAGCAUGGACAGUUGAUAUCUUCAGAUGCAUUUUGCCAACUCAUCACGAGACGUGCCCAGUCUCAAUUGAUGCUCACUGUAUCUGAAAAGGGUCUCGUACUUGAUGGGCAUGGCCUUCCUUCACAAAGCCUUCUGCUCCGGUCGUCCAGCAUCUCUCUUGCUGAGCUGCUACAAGUGACUAGACUUGAUCCUAAAAUGAGACUUUUGCUAUCAUAUACCAUUGCCAAAGCAUUCUGGCAGUUCUAUGGCACCGACUGGAUGCAAAAAGAGUGGACAAAGGACACUGUACACUUCAUGUUCGAAAAAUUAUCGACUAUUCCAAAGGGUCUGCUGAUCAAUGAGCCCUUUCUUUCAGCACAAUUCGGAAAACCGACUUGCCCGGACAGCGAAGACGAGGCGAGAAUUCAUUCGUUCCCCAAGAUCCUCGCUCUUGGUAUCAUGUUGAUCGAGAUUGAACUUGGCAUUAGUUUGGAGGAGAGGCGUACAGCAGAUCACAACGGCAUCGACGGUCUUCCAACAGUGAAUACUAAUUUACUCACGGCUUCCGAUACUUUCAAAGAUGUGUUGAAACAGAACUCCGCAGUCUUUAAGCCCUUGGUGGAAGCAAUCGAGACCUGCCUGAAACCAGACCGAUUUAACGAAUACCAGAAUGAUGUUGCAUCACUUCGCGAGGCACUAAUGAAGCUCAUCGUUGAUCCCAUUGAACAGUUGUACAUGGUUGCAUGGGAGGAUCCAGACAAAUCAGACGUACGCCCAAUCUCCGUACCGACAUCUGACGACAAGGACGUCAGCCAACAUUGUCAUCUCCCAUCUCCCCCUCCAGAAAUACCGGUACAAAUAUCUAGCUCACAUUUUGCAACUUGGGAGAACGGUCCACAGCCCAGACCCUACUUGCAACAUUUGUCAGGAAGUCAUACGCCAUCUCAAUCGCCUCAUUCUCAAGUUCGAGGAACCAUAUCUGAGCAUACUUCUGGUCUUUCUUCUGAUGUAUGGUUUGAGCAACUAGACGAUCUGAACUCGGUACUCCGAGCAAGACGGCAGGAGACAGAUGCAUUAUGGCGCAAAUCGCGAGUCGCAAUUCUUGACACUGGCGUGCACGAGGACUUGUAUGACUCUGAUGGGAUGGUCAAGGACUACAAAGACUUUGUAGGCAAUGAUGACCAAAUGUGGAGGGAUAACGUGGGCCACGGAACGAAUGCAGUCCGUCUGACCAAGAAGGUUUAUAACAUGGCUGAAAUAUAUGUUGCUCGGGUAUUUGAGACCUCCCAGGCUUCCAAUGAUACAGAGGCUCUUAUGGCUCAGGCUAUACAUCAUGCUACAGAUGUGUGGAAUGCAGACGUUAUCGUCAUGCCUUCUGGGUUCCGGUCACAUCAUCAAGAAAUCAUGGGGGCGAUUGAAAAGGCCAACCAUUGCCGCGUCCUUGUGUUCGCAGCAGCUUCAAAUUACGGUAACAGCACGGAAAUAGCAUUCCCUGGCCGGCUUUACACUCACGGCAAAUUGUUCUGCAUGUUCUCCACGGACGCAAACGUGCGAUGCCUACAGAGUCUCAACCCAUCACCUUUGGCGACUGCACGACACAGCUUUGCGAUUCUGGGAGAGAAUAUAGUUCUCCACCCCAACGAGCCCUCGCUCUCGGGUACAUCGUUCUCGACCAUUAUCGCGGGAGCACUAGCCGCUCGUCUUUUAGACUUUUCUCGGCAACGGGGCAUUCGUGAGCAGAUACGUCACCGGGACCGCAUGGAGACGGUCGAGGGAAUGUCGGCGGUAUUUUCAGCAAUGGUCAUGGCCGUCGAUAACAGGUAUCACUGUAUGACUCCUUGGAAGAUUUUACCCAACAUAUCUGAGCCCGAGCCAACGAGGCGAAGACACAAGCGGCGAGAUUACAUUGGCGAAACAAUUUCAAGAGCACUCGAUAAUCUGUAUUGA